AUAAUGACCUCGCCCGACUUUGGAACUUGGCCCGCCCGUUGAGCACGACGCCUCCUUGACUGCGAAUUCCCUACUCCAUUCACUCACGCUCACUUGUCACCUGUUACUUUUUUUCUUCUUCCAUCAGCCAUGGCAGCAAACGGCAGCAUGCGCAGACGAACCGUCGACGCGCCCGCGAGCCUUCACCCGCGCACAUCGUCGCAUUCCACCCAAACACCCGAACACUCGCCUAUAGAUUCCAUGCCCGCGCAAUUGGCCUCUGACAUGCCUUCCAUUUCCACAACGAAGCCGAGCGGCGCUCCUGCGCUGCACAGGAAGCAGUCGUCGCCCAUGAUGCCUCCUUUCAUGGUCUCUGCACCCGGCAAGGUCAUCGUCUACGGAGAACACGCGGUAGUGCACGGCAAGGCUGCCAUCGCCGCCGCCAUAUCGCUCCGCUCCUACCUCCACGUUUCGUUCCUCUCCAAAUCGAAUCGGACAGUUAAAUUGCGCUUCCCCGACAUACAGAUGGAACACACGUGGAAUAUCGAUGAUCUGCCAUGGGACAGCUUCUCCAAGUCAGGCAAGAAGAAGUACUACUACGACCUCGUUACCUCGCUAGACCCCGACCUCAUGGCCGCCAUCCAGCCCUUCAUCGACGAAGUAUCACCGAAAGCCCCCGAGUCGAUACGCAAGAUUCACCACGCCUCCGCAUGUUCCUUCCUAUACCUCUUCCUUUCCCUCGCGUCGCGCAAAGUCCCUCCGUGCGUUUACACACUACGAUCUACCAUUCCCAUUGGUGCUGGAUUGGGCAGCAGCGCCAGUAUAUCCGUCUGCCUCAGCACGGCAAUGCUCCUGCAGAUACGUGCACUCAGCGGGCCUCACCAAGACCAGCCGCCGCAAGAGUGUGAGCUCAACAUCGAGCGGAUCAACCGUUGGGCGUUCGUCGGGGAGAUGUGCAUACACGGAAAUCCCUCAGGUGUCGACAAUACCGUUUCCUCAGGCGGCAAAGCGGUUCUCUUCCAGCGGAGGGACUACGACAAGCCACCUCUAGUCAUACCAUUGCAUAGCUUCCCCGAGCUCCCACUGCUGCUCGUAAACACACGACAAUCGCGCAGCACGGCAACAGAAGUCGCCAAGGUCGCCAACCUUCUCAAGGUGCACCCCGCCCUCACAGAAAACAUCCUUAAUGCUAUUGGCCUAGUGACGGAAUCUGCACACAAAUUACUCACAUCCCCCGAUUUCGAUUCAACAUCUCCAGACUCACUAAGACAUCUCGGUGAACUCGUCACGAUGAACCACGGGCUACUCGUCUCAUUGGGCGUCUCACACCCCAAACUUGAGCGUAUCCGCGAAAUUAUCGAUCAUACGGGCAUUGGCUGGACAAAACUUACAGGUGCAGGAGGCGGAGGAUGCGCUAUUACCAUCCUUAAGCCCCAACCACCAGCCCUCACCAACGGUCAUGCGAAUGGCGCGCACCACGAUACCUCAUCAGACGAAUCUGACGCCUCUUCCGAAGCGGACGGGGGCGGCGCCGCAUCCGUAAUAUCCAAUGGCACAAAGCUAAAGUACAAGAUUCUCGACUCUCUUGAGGUCAAGCUGGAGAAGGAAGGCUUCGAGAAGUUUGAGACAACGCUUGCCGGUGACGGAGUGGGUGUGCUUUGGCCUGCUGUCCUACACAAUGGGAAUGAAGAAGAAGGUGGAGAGGAGAUCGAUCAAGAGAAGUUCCUUCGGGCUGAGGGCACAAUCGGUAUUGAAAGACUGGUCGGCGUGUCCAGCUCGAAACGAAAGGGCCUCAGAGAGGUUAGAGAGGGUUGGAAAUUCUGGAGACCCUGGGAGGUUCCCGAGUAGUAAACUCGGGUCUUUUGUUCCAAACAACUCGUCUGCUUCCAACAUGUUCUGGCAAUGUCCUGGUUGGGUUCGAGUUUCAUCUUCCGUUCUUGUUUCUUUGUUUUUUUAGUUAGAUAUAGGGAUUUCAUUUUACUUGAAGCCUUGACAGGCGUGAAGGAAAAGGCUAAAGAAGUAAUGUCUUGUAGAUAUGAGAUGGCUGAUACAAUCUGGCUGCAAGGCGCCUGUGGCUGAAGUAUGGCCUAGCGUGAGCAGGACAGCAAUAAUGGAAUCUGAAAGUUCCUCAUGCACCAGUUCAUUGUACUGCCAGUUCUAGCCUGCAUUUCACCUACAAUAAACACAAGGUCGUAGCGAAUCGAAGU